GCUGCAAUCAAUCAGUGUGUUUGCCUCUGUCUUAACGCCCACAGGCCACUAGGUACUCACAACACACACAACAUACACACGUGUGUGUCCGUCUGUCUGUCUAUGCCACACCGCCACUCGACUCGACUCGUCCACGCACUCACCACACACACCAUAAUGUGAAAAAUGCCUAUGUAGAUCGCAGGCACACACACACACACACACACAGUCAGACGCGCCCGCCACGAACACACUCCCUACUAGCUAAACCCACCCACACCAGCCACACCACCCACUGCACACACUGUCAGGCCACAUCGCUCCCCCGCCCCCGCCCCCAUCAUGCAUAUAUCAGGGUGCAUCCAUCUCCUCACUCACUCUCUGCUUCUGCCGCAUCGCCGGCAUCAUUCUCCGCCUCCCUCUCCCUCUGCUGCUGCUGCGUCAUGUGUAGCCUGUGGGCCCGCUGGAUGGCGUCGAGCGUGUGGAAGGCCUCGGGGCAGCUGAAGGUCUCGUUGAAGAGGUCGGACAGGAAGCGGCGGAGGGGCAGGGGGUAGCGGUAGAGAUUCUUCAGCUUCCUGUGAGUGGGAUGGGCGGCAUGGCCACAGGGAGGUGCACACAAAAGAAGACAAGACAAGGAGGGAGGGAUGAUGUGUGUGAUGUGACACACACAUGGAUGGGACGGGGAUGGGGAUGUGGGUGUGUGGUGCCUUCCUGCCUUGCUUACUGCACUCGCAUCCACAGGUGGAUCGAGAGAAACAGGUAGGGCGCCGACUGCCUGCAUACGCAAUCAAUGCACCCCGGUGAGGUGGGGUGGGCAGAGAGAGAGAGACCACACAGACAGACAGACAGACAGACAGCUUUUGUUCGGUGGGUGGACAAUCGCAAUCGCUGUUGAUGUGCCUCUUGUCUUGUAAGUCAGUAAGCACCUCUUCUUGACGAGCGCUGCGUGGACGGACUUGGCCACCACCGUGUUGCACAGAGACGCUGUCUGCACACACACACACACAGCUGGCUGGCUGGAUGGAUGGAUGCGCUGCGCACCUCACCUGCUCGAGAACCUCCCUGUGUGUCUCGCCGAAGUCGGUGAACCUCGCACGCAAGUCGUCCUCAGAGUCUUCUCGCGUCAGCCCAUGUUGCUGCUGCUGCUGCUGUUGCGCCUACACCGAAGACACACACACACACACACAGAGAGAGAGAGAGAGAUUGAUCCAUAUGUGUGUGUGUGUGUGUGUGUGUGUCGUACGUGUGUCGGCCGCUCCCGCUCCCUCAAAGCGUCGGAAUCAGCACCACCACCACCGUCGCCAAAGUACUCCCUCUCAUAUCUGUUGAACCUCCGCCGUCUCGCCCUCUCCCUCUCAUCCACACUGCCCUCGUCGCUGCUCGUCUGCCGCUGCUGGUCGCUCUCACCGCCACGACUCUCGUCCGACGACGACUCCUCCAGAACCGUCGCAGACACCCCCACAGCCACCACACGCCCCCUGCCCAGCCGGAUCAUCUUGCCAGCCAUCUCCAUCUCCUUCUCCUUCUCUCUGUGCUUCUCUCUCUGUUCUGGCCUCUCCCCUGCUGCCGUGGCGGGCAGCACGAUGCCGCUGCCGGACUGGAUGCGCCGCAUGGAGAGCUCAUGUUGUUGUUGGGGGUGCUGGUGGGGGUGCUGAGUGGCCAGGGGGUCUCUGUAGACCAUCUGGGAAGACGCGGCGCUCUCGUCGUCCUCGUUGCCCUCAGGUAUAGCGGGCGGCACGUGGAUCUCUGUCUGCUGCACCAAAGGCCGCUUGUUGGCCACCAUCUCCCACUCCCUCGGUGGCUGCGGCCGCUCGGGGUCGUGUGUCUGCGGCUCUGUUGGUGCGGUGGCAGAGCUCUCAGACUCCCGCGCCGCCGCCGCAGCAGCAGAGUCCUCAUCGAGACACCCGCUGGUGUCCGAGCCACUGGGUGAGAUGGAGCGAUGCCGCUCAUUUGCCGGCGAGGCAGAGGAGGAGACGGUGAGGGAGGGAGAGGCGCUGGUCUGUUGCCGCUGCUGCUGCUGGAUGCAGAAGGGUGAUGGUGGGGAGGGGCGGCGUCUCGACGACGGUGGAUGGGGUGGCCUCUGUCUCGCAGCUCUGUGGUGGUCAAACUCCUCCUCCUCGUCGCUGAGGGGCUUCUGGAUGACCUCGAAAUCCUCCCCCUCCCUCCCCACAUAGAGAUCCUGCUCAUCCUCUCGAUCUUCCCGAUCAGGAGUGCCGUCCCCUGGCACAUCCGCCGCUGCUGCUGCUGCUGCUGCCGCCGCCGAUGGCCAUCCCUGCUGCUGCUGCUGGUGGGUCGUGGGCUUGUGUGGUGGUGGUAGUGGGGGUGGGUGGUGGAUGGUUUUCUCGACCCGCAGGCGACGCACCGUCGGAUUGCUGGAUGGCACGGAGGGGCUCGAGGACGAGCUGCUGCUGUUGCUGCUCGUGGGGGGGUUCAAUGACGAACGCUGACCAGACAGACAGACAGGCAGACAGACAGAGAUGUGCGUGUGGGGUCCCCCUGUGUGGGUGUGGGGGUGCCCGGACAUACUUGAGGCUGGUCUGCUCCCCCUUUCUCUCUCUGUGUGGCGGCUGCCUGUGGAGCCUGUGGCGGUUGUGCGUGGGCAGAGGAGGAGGGCGGGAGAGGCAGCACCACUGGUGGCGGGUCAGCCCAGAUCUCACUGCACACACACACACGUGAAAGUGUUGGAUGACUCUUGGAUAAAUGGAUGGAUGGAUGGAGCUCACUCGUAAAGUUUGUUGGCUUCCUCUUCGCUCUCCUCUUCCUCCUCCUCGUCGACGCGCGUCAACCGACUCCGGGACGACACAUGCACCAACGACGACACGCCAAACACACGGGGGCUGCACACACACACACAGAGGCUCAGAUGGAUGGAUGGAGAGGGAAGGGGGGGUCACCUCUUGGCUGUGGGGCUUUCUGCGGUGUUGGUGGAGAGCAUGCUGCCCGAUCGCUCCAUGAAGGGCUGCUGCUGCCCGCCGCCGCUCGGCUCGUCCUGGUCGGACUCCAUCCUGUGCAGAGAGCGCUUCAUCGACCGCGGCAGCGUCAGGAACGCAGAGAUGUCCGUCGGGCCCUUCGCCAGCAGGUCCCACCCAAUGGCUUUAUAACAAACCCACACCAGCCCAAACAAACAGUGGCAUGUCCCUCUGUGUGUGUGUGUGUGAGAUGGUCUCUGGGGUAGCAUACCUGACAUCGGCAAGAGCGUUGCGGGCGUGGCUGCCAGGAGGGACAGCGCAUAGAGAGCCGUGCCGCGCGUGGCCAGCUGUGGCGAGAAAAGCGCCAGAUUCACCAUGUCUAGUGGACACACACACACACACACAGACACACACACCCCAAACACGGCUGUCUGACCCUCACAGAGAGAGGGAGGGAGGGAGAGAGAGAGAGAGUACCAGCGAGUAGGUUGUACUCCUUGAGCAGGUCGACGCCCAUGGCCGAGGAGCCCGCCCAGCCCGCACACCACAGCUGACUCCGCACCUCCACCGGCGUGUAGGCGUCCUCGUUGGUAAGCACCUCAGAGAUCCGCUCCAGACAACGAAACGUCCGCAGCACAUCCAAACCUGAAUGGACCCACACACACAUCGACAUGGAUCCACCCUCCAUGUGCUGUGCUGAUUGCUGUCGACGGAGUGGCUGGGCUGACCUGUGGCGGUGCUGGCGAGGAAGCCAUAGAGGUGGGGGAGGGGCCGCACCUCAGCCACCGAGAGGUCAGCGCCGGCACCUCCGCGACCCCUUAAGGGGUAUACCAUCUGCACGCACUCACACACAGAGGACAGAGGGAGAGAGAGUUGCGUGUAUGUGUAUGCGUGUGUGUAUAGGUGUAUAGGUACCUGUACGAGGUAGAGCUGUCCGUCCUCCUGGUUGUCGAGGAAGAUGAACCUCACCCUCGCCGUCCGGUACUCACGGUGGUCGCUACCGGGCUCCGGCACGGGCCUCAGCGAACCCUACACACACACAUCCAUCCAUCCAUCCACACGCGUCUCUCUCUCUCUCUGUGUGUGUGUGUGUGCGUGCGUACGACGUGCUUGGCCCUCGAGAAGGUGUACCACACCCCCGCCUCCCCCACAGCCCCCACAGAGCCGUCAGCCAGCAAAGGAUGCGCACCGAGAGACGGGGAUACCCUGGACGAACCAGCCACAUGAACCACAUGGAUGGAUUCACUUACACGUGUGUGUGUGUGUGUGUGUUGUGUGUGUGUGGUGUACCUGACGGCGAGCUGUGGCGCGCUGACGGGGAACGGGAUGGGCUGCGGGCAGGUGCACGCCAGCUGCCACGAGGCACUGGGGGUACCCGAGCGGCCAGGGGGUGUGGGGGUGUUUGCUGCUGCUGCUGUUGUGUCUGAUUGUAGUGCUGAAGGUGGGUAUGGGUAGGGGCUGGCGUAGGGGAAGCCGCUGCCCUGCUCGGACUCGGCGAACGCACUGUGCUCUAUCCUGAGUCGGCGCCAUAGAUGCGCACACACACACACACACACACAAACGGGGUUGCCUACGAGAGAGAGUGAGGGAGUGGGUACCUUUCCACAGAGCACUCCACCCAGCCGUCAGACACCACCUCGCCCUCCUGGGGCCACACACACACACGUGCCUCCAUCCCUCCAUCCAUCCAUCAAGGUACCUGUGCAUCGUCAUAGCUGUACUCCCAGUCCCUCUCGACAUCCAGCAGCACCUCCCCACCUCCACCUCCACCCACCAUCCCGCCCUCCCUCUCCCUCUCGGCGUCGGUGCUCUUGUCCCUGUAGAGGUGGGUGGCCCCCAAGGUGGCCCCGCUGUCCGUCGUGAACUGGUCAAGGAAGGUCUGCACGCGCAGCCGGAAGGGCAGCCGGCCCAGCCACGCGGCGCUGGUCACCGACCCGUUGUCAUGCGCCUGUUUGGCAGACGUGUGCGUGCACAUCUCCAUCUGUGUGCUGGCUGGGUGUGUGUGUGGGUGGGGACCUGUGGGUGUUGGUGUGAGGGUGGUGGCGGUGUUGUUGGCUGUGGGGCGGAGGAGAAGGCGCGCGCGAAGAGUCGGUCUAGGCAGCUGAUGUAGAGCCUGUUCUCGGUCUGCACCCAUCGGCCGAGCUCCUGCUGCAGCCAACCCUCACGAGCCAUCAGCUCGACGCCCUUGUCCACCUGAACAUACACGCCCCACACACACACAUUUGUGUGUACGUCUCUCCCUCUCUCUCCCUCUGUGCGGAUGUGUGUGUGUGCGUGGUGGGGGGAGCUUACCCUGAGGCAUUGCAGUCUGAGUGUGGUGGGCCACAGCGAAGCGGAUGGCAGAGCGAAGGCCAGGUGGCGCUCCUCCUCAAUGAAGAGGCCUAUCAGAUACUCUACCACCUGCACACAAAACCAGGCACAGCACGCUUACGUGACGUGGCCGGAGGGGGGAUGGUUCUGUUCUUUCGGACUGACCGACCUCUCGGCCCCCUCUGCGGCACAUUGCGCUAAGCACCGACAAAGCAGCCUCCGACACACAGUACUCCUGCGUCACACCCGUCCUCAGCAAAUGGCCUGCAGGCAUCGCACCGCAUCGCAUCCACCACACACACACCGAUUUAUUCACACACACAGACCCUCUCCCCCUCUCUCUCCAUGCCCCUGCACUGCACUGCACGCACCGGCAAUCCAUUUCCACUUGGGCAACAGCACCGCCUGCGGCUGCACUGGGGCACCAGUGCCUUCGUCCAGCUGGCUCAGCCGGCUCACCUCAUCGGCCACCUGGCCUUCCGGCGCCGCCUGCGGCACCACCGACAGCGGCGACACGCCUGGCGUCCCACCACCACCACCAGCAGCUCCCUGCUGAGCGCGGAAUGAGGGCGAGCUCACGCGCUUGGCCACCUGCUCAAGGGACCACUUCCUCGGUGCAGACGACGGGGGCGGUGGGGGCGGUGGGGGCGGUGGCGGCGGUGGCGGCGGUGCUGGUGGGGGUGGAGGUUUCUUCCCCCCGGCGCCAUCCUGCUGCUGCUGGUGUUGAGUCCCAACAGGCGCCCCAGGGCUGGUGGCGAAGGCCAGCGGCCCAAUGGCCAUGGUGCGGGCGGGGAACCUUGAGCCGAUGGAGAGCUCAGUGGGGUAGCCGUGGGAAUAAGUGGUGGUGGGGGCGUCGUGCAUCGUGGGCGCCGACGAUGACGCGUGCAGGUUGAUGGACGCGAUCGAAGCUGCCGACGACGGCCGGACCACUCUCAUGACAGCGGGGGGGUAGGGCGGCGGGGGGGAGGGGCUCUGCCCGACCACCACCCUCCCAGCAGAGGGCACCUUCCUCAGCCCCACGCGCAGCUCGUCGUCAUUGCUGUCGGUGGAGGCCGAGUACUCCCUCGGGCGGGUGGUGCUCUGCUGCUGCAUCCCCGAGGUGCUCGCCGUGCUGACCGUCACGCCGCUCAUGGUCCGGUGCAGCCGAUACCGCCCUGGCACUCCCCCUUCUAGGAGGUGGUCGCCUUUGUGCAGGUGGGGGUCGGUGUGGGGGCUCCUGGGGCAGUAGACGAGGUCGCACGGGGUGCCUGGCAGCUCGAGUGACGUGAAGCUGCUGGAGGUCUCGUGGCUGUCGAAGAGGAGACCGAAGUAGCGGAUGGUCGACAGACGGAGGGAGGGGGAGCCGGCGGCGAAGAUCUGUGUGGGCAGGUGUGUGGCAACAGAGAGGGAGAAGAAAUUGGUGGUUUAUGUGUGGGGGCGCCUCCUCUCUCUCUCUCUGUCUGUCUGUGUGUGUGUGUGUGUGUGGAGAUGGCCUUCUCUCUCCUGUCUGUCUUAAGGACUUUGUCGACGACGGCUCUGUUCUCCCGGAAUGAGUAGCAGAGGUGCGGCACGAAGAGGCUGGUAAGGAAGUCCUUGUCGCGAAUGGCCACAAGCCGGUCCAAAGUGCGGUAGAACUCCAGCUUCGUCAAUAUGGUCACACCCUCUACACACACACACACACACACACACAUGAACACCUAUCCCUGUGCUGCCUCUGUGUGCCUUCCGUGCGCAAACUCUCUCUCUCUCUCUCUCUCUGUGUGUGUGUGUGUGUGUGAUUGGCGCCCACCCACCUUGUGUGCAGGAGAUGAGGCCCAGGAAGGUGGCGUACUCGCGGACCAGUGUGCGGCCCACCAUGCUCUCUGUCAGCAGUCCCUUAGUCGAACCCCCAAGCCCACCAAACCACCCAAACAAAUGGGGGGGCGGCUGCGACACACACACACAUACACACACACUCAUCGGAGAGCCCUCCCCCACCCAACCACACGAAGGCAUACCUGUGGCGGCUGCUGCUCGCCAUUGCCCUCUCUCUCGUCGACUCGCGGCAUCGUCGGCAGCGGGCGUGUGGACUCCCCCGCGUCAGAGGGGAAUCGUGGUCGAGCUUGGAUGUGCUGCUGGGUCUGCUGCUGCUGCUGCUGUUGCGUGACAGUCUGCAUGGAGUGGACACGGCUCUUGAGGAAGGCCUGGAUGCUCGAGUAGCUCUUGCGGUCGUGCGGCGGCACCUCCACGUUCACGACGCUGAUCUGCAGAGAUGAGAUGGGUGGGCGCAGCCCAGCCCAGCCAUAGACACGUGUGGCUCUCUCUCUCUCUCUGUGUGUGUGUGGUUACGUGUGUCUGCUGCCCGUCUUCGCCGCUCGCAAGAGAAGAGCCUGAGCAGGACCUUGCCCGUGGGCGGCCGGCAGCUGCACAGAUACAUCGACGCACACCGACACACACACAAUGCACUGCACACUUCCGACGUGUUGCGCUGUGUUGGGUGCGUUGGGUGCAUUGCGUUGCGUACAAGCAGGCGGCAGUGCGACUGAGAGCAGCGAUGUGUCCUGUGGUGAGGCCAGGGGGCGCAGAGGCACGCUGCCGCACAGCAACCGUUCGCUCUGCUCGCUGCGCAGCGAGUGGGAGCUGACAUUCUUCGGCAUUGCCUGCAGGCACUCAAUUAACACAAUCACAGUGACAGACAAUGACACACACGCCCUCUUCCCAGCCCCUCUCUCUCCCUCCCACCAGAGCGUGGAGUUGACUGGGGGUGCUGGGUGACUGCUUGACGCUCCAACACAUGGAGAUGUUGAUGGGGCCGCCGCCACCAGGCUGGUGCUGGUGCUGGUGCUGGUGGUGGUGCUGCUGGUGGGGCGAGGGGGAUGAUUUUGGGGGAAGGGCUGCUGUCUUGGGGGUGGGGGAGGGGGUGGCCUGCACCAUACACACAGGUCGGUGUCUGUGGUGGAGCCAUCCUCUCUCUCUCUCUCUGUGUGUGUGUGUGUGUGUCUAUGUGUGUGUGUUAGGUUGCCUUGUCGACUUCGGCCAGCUCGUCAUGAAAAAGCUGUACCAGCUCACACACGAACCCCCGCCUCUCCGCAAAGUACCCCUCACUCGGAAACAGAAACAGCCGCCCCUGCAGGCACACACAUACACAAACCAUCACACACACACACACACAAAGGAGCCACGUACCUCGUUUCUCCCGGCCACAAGCAUGGCGAUCGCCUCCAUGCCGGCCUCCACCAUCGGCAGAUGGGCCGCCCGCCACUCGAGCAAGGGAAACUCCCGAGAGCGGGGCGAGAAGAACCUGCCAUUGCAAACCAUGGAAAUGUGGGGGUGGGGUCGGGUAGGGAAGGGGGUUUACCUGAGCAGUCGUCUGAUGAAUUUGGUGACGAUAGCGUCCUGGUGCUUGAGGGGCAGCCGCAGGGGGCCUUGUAGGAGGUGCAGAAUGGACGGCCAGUGCCUGCAGUAUGCAGCACAUGGAGAUGGAUGGAUGUGUGUGAUGUGUGUGGCUGUCUGUCUGUGUGGGGGGUGUACUGGGUGGCCGUUCGUUUCAGUUACCAUUUGGUGCCUUCUCUGAUGUUCAUGACGCCGGUGGUCUUGAUGGCCGACGCGAUGUCCUCACUCCCAAACCUGCACACACACACACACACACACAGUGGCCCACCAUCCACCAGACCACACACAAUUCACUCGAAUCUGCGUACGCCUGUGUGCCGACGUGCAGCGCUGUGGCGAGCGACGUCCUUGUCGAAUCCAGCAGCUGACACACACACACACACAAAUGAGUGUGUGUGUGUGUGUGUGAGAGAGAGAGAGAGAGAGGAUGCGCUCACCCUUGUGUGUGUGACCUCACACGUGACGGUCUUGGCGAAGGCCUCGAUUGCCUCCUCAUCCGCACCACCACCACCAUCAGCAGAAACCGGGCCCACAGCCAAAUUGCACGCCAGUAAUUGUGGCUGCCUGCAUCCAUCCAUCCACACAACCACAUUGACACACAUACGGCUGCGGUGCCGUGGUUGCCAUACGUACCCCUCGUUGGCAGCGGCAGUGCCGUUGUUGCCAUUGUUGAGGCGCCACAUCUGCGGCACGCCACCGAGGUCAAGCUGUGUCAGCACCGAAUGCGCCUACACACACACACACACACACACAGAGGGAGAGAGACAGGCUCCACCCACACACCCACGCACACACACACGCACCCACCUACCCGAAUUCGUGUGUGCGAGGAGGGGAAAAGGGUCGCCGCCGAUGAGAUGGGCGGGACUGCCUGCACGUUGGCCAGAAGGUGGGGCGGCAACAGCAGCGACGCGCUCGACAGCAGCAAAGACAGCACCUCCGACGCCUCAGCUAUCAGCCACGGCUCGGCUGACGGACUGCCACACACACACCAGAACACACACACCCAUUAUGAGCGGUUGGGGCGGGGGAGGGCGGUUACCAGAUCACGAGCUCGGCGAGCGCCUGAUGGACGCCCAGCCAGACAAGGCACCGCACCACAAAGACCCCCCAGACGUCGAGCAGCUCGCAGCCGCCGUCGAUGGCCCCGCUGCCGGCACCGCUGGUGCUGCUGGUGGUGGUCGCGGUGGUGGUGCCGUCACCCACACCGACGCCCACGCCCAUAAUGCCAUCGAAUGACGACUCACCUGCCAUGUGCACACAAUCAACACACACACACACACACAUAUGGACGAUCCUCUGUGGUGUGCGAGUGUUGUGUGGCUGUGUGGGUACCGAGCUCGUCAACGAGGCCCACCAGCCCCUCGCCCAGACUGGACAGCACGUACUGACCCUACACACACACACACACAUGAAUGGCCACCAUAGGUGGGCAUGGGCAUGGGCAUGGGCAUGUGUUGCUUGCCUGUGGGAAGUACUGCUGUGACGAGAGGGAGGAGUGCGCGUGUUGGGGCGUCUCGGCUGACCGCUCGGAAAAUGCAGACAACGAGCCGGCCGAUAUGCCUGCAUCCCGCACACCACACCAGGGAGUCAUCAGCCCACGUGUGUCUGUGUGUGUGUGUGUUGGUGCGUACCAGAGAAAGCCCUCGGUCUGUUUCCGAUCUGCGGGAGGUUGGUGAGCUGUCCGCUCUGCUGGCCCAGCGACGGCUCGCUGCCGCUCGAAGGCAUCAUACCACCACCGGAGUGCGCCGCAGCCUGCAUUACGUGGGGUGUGUGUGUGUGUGUGUGUUGUGUGUUGUGUGUUGUGUGUUGUGUGUUGUGUGUCAGUGGCGGGGAGGGAAGUCACCUUGACAGAGACGCUCCUCGCCAUGGGUUGGAUAGACAUGGUCCCUUCCCCGACUGCACUCGCCGUUAUGGGGCCGCUCUUGGCGCGAUCAACUGUGUGAAUGGACGGACGGAUGGAUGGAUGGACGAUGGACACACACGUGUGUUCGUGUGGGCCUGUGAAUUCAAUGCGUACCAGCGACAUCCCCCACCACACCAGUCUGCGGCCCUCCCUGGGUCUGCGUCUGAGUCUGUGUCUGUGUCUGCGCCUGUGCCGCUGCCGUCGCUCUCCGCUGAGUCGGGGAGGUGUCCUAAGUUCACACAUCCAUCCAUCCAUCCAUUGAUUCACACAUAUGGGUCGAGAUACCUGCAGCGAUGGAACAUUGGGGAGGUUGAACGACGACGUCCGCGACCGUCUUGAGGGGUGCAGCGAAGGUAAUGGCGGCAGAGUGGGAAACCUGCACAACACGCAGACCGCAACAUUCGCAUCUCUACCUAGGGAGAAUGUCCACAUCUCUCUCUCUCCGUGUGUGUGUGUGUGUUUGCGUGUGUCCGACCUUUCUGCGCCGUGUACGCCCAUGGUGCCCUGCACAAGGUGCCUGAGCUUGCUGCCGUGGUAAGGCCGCCGCCUCGCCCGCGCGAAGGAGACGAUGUGGUCAAACGUCACUCUGCCUCUGGUGCCUGCACGCACCACCCAAUCGGAGUGAGUGUGUAGGUGGAUGCGGUGCAUCUCAACGCACCCAGAGCCAUGGCGAGUAUGUCAUGGAGCAGCCUGAUGACCCGCGAGAUGUCUCCUGAGCGGUCCGGGGAGACGGGGUGGCGCAGAAAGGACACCAACGCAGAGAGCCCUGCACACACACAGACACACACACACACACACACGCAGACACAGAGAGAGAAACACCCAGAUGUGUACGUGUGGGUGUGGGUGUGGGGAUCUCUGCGCACCGUGUGGCGCCCCAGCAAGCGCAAUGAACCCCGGGACGCUCCGCAUGAGAGCGAGGAUGGAGCCGCUGGCCGCCUCAACACGCGCAGACCGCUCGUCUGCCGGCUGUUGGUCGGGCGGCAGGGGCGUCUGCGUCUGCUGCUGUGGCUGUGGCUGUGUCACUGUGCCGUCAGACUCCCUCUCCUCGAUGAAGAUGGAGCACAGCUUCUGGAUCUCGGUCGUCCAGCACACCUGAUGCACACAUGAAGCAGGCCACGACAGAUGGGUCGAUGGACCGGUGCAUUGCUUUGCGUUGAGCUGAGCUGCGUGUACUCACCUGUCCCUUUGCGACGGCCUGCCUCUUCUUAGGGUCGGCCAGAAGAUGCCCAAUCACAAACGCAAUGCUCUCCCUCAGACCCACAGGCACACAAGGGUCGCUCAGCGCGUCCAUCAGCACACCCACGCCCCAAGCCUCAGCCACCAGCCGCGGCCGCAUAAUAGCCAGGUCGCGCAAAGUCUCCAGACAAACGCGCCUCAGUGUGUCUGCCGACGACUCCGCAAUGGCCACAAGCGACCGCACAAAGCACAGAGGCAGCCGUGUGGAGGUCCGGCCGCUCGCCGCGAGGGAGCCCCACUUCCGAAUGAACCUCAGCGCGGCGAUCCUCUCCCACUCGACGGCCUGCUGAUCGGCCACGGCGCUGCUGCGGGGGUUCCUUUCCAGAGCCACACAGACGAACUCGGGUACCCAGAGGUCGCUGCAAGCCGCCAGCGCGGCUUCGGACAGCAGGAAGUACCGACACGCUCGCAGAGCCGCCGCGCGUGUGAGAGUGUCUUGGUCGAAUAGGAAGUGCCGAAAGAGAGAGAAGGAGAGGAUCCAGUCGAAGGCUGGUGGGGGCUGCUGCAGCUGCUGCUGCUGCUGGGCUUGGGCGUGGGUGGCGGACGGCGGGAGGGCGCCUGCUGCAUCGACGGAGAGGGGUGCGGGUGCGGAGGCUGGGGCGGGGCCGGGAGCCGCCUCGCCCGACCAUGACAUACCCUGAACACCACAAGGACACACACACACGGACAACACAGGAUACAUGAAGGUGAGUGUGUGUGGUGCGUGUCCAUCCAUCCAUUCAUUCGCUCGCUGACCUGCGCGACGUGGGCCACUCUGUUGAGUAGCUCGAGCUUGACGCGGCAGUCGACGGCCGCGGAGGGCGACGGCCCAUAGACGCGCCGGCUGAGUGAUUUGAAGAGGUUCUGGAGCAGCUCAUGCUGCGAAUGGAGGGACGAUGACCCAUCGGCCGCAUGAGUAGUGGCUGUCAUCCCAUCUGUGUGUCAGUCAACAGCGCCAGAGUGACUGAGCUGCUGAGGGCGCAUGCAUGACGCAACACAGAGAGUGACAGAGAUGCACAGACGCGAGAUGUGCAUGGAUGUCUUGGUCAGAUGAGCGUCGUACUUACCGGAUAAUGGGGAGCGGCCAGCACUAGAACAGAGAGAUUGAAAGAUAGAUAGACGAGAUGAGAGGGAUGGAACACGUCAGCAACCACGCGGGUUUGUUCCUUCCAAAGGCG